AUGGCGGGCGCGUCGAACGGCGCGAAGGCGCUCGCGCGCGUGACGUCGUACAACGUCCUCGCGCAGUGCUACGUCCGCAGCACGCUCUUCCCGCACAGCCCGAAGUUCGCGCUCAAAUGGAAACGCCGAGGCGAGAAGCUCACGGAAACGCUCGCCGCGCUCGACGCCGACGUCCUGUCGCUCCAGGAGGUGGACGCGUACGACGAGCACUGGGCGCCGUGGCUAAAGCGGCGCGGCUACGGCGGCGUGUACAAGCAGCGCACGAAGCUGACGAACGACAAGAAGGACGGAUGCGGGCUCUUCUUCAAGCGCGCCAAGUUUGAGCUCCUCGCGCGCCGGGCGAUCGAGUACAACGACGUCGCGUACGGACGGCCCGCGGGGUACGUCAAGACAGGGGCGGGGGCGGGGGAGGAAGAGGAGGGGGAAGGAGCGGGAGAGGUGCGGAACGAUGAACGCGUCCCGGACGCGCGUCACGUCCGCGAUUGCGUCGGCGUCCUCGCGCUCUUGCGCACGAAAACGGACCCGCGAAGGACCGUUCUCGUCGCCAACACGCACUUGUUCUGGGACCCGACGUGCGCGGACGUGAAACUGUCGCAAGCGGAGCGUUUAUGCGCGGAGGUGGCGCACUUCAUGCGCGAGCACGAGGACAAACUCUCCCCAGGCGAAUCCGUCGCGUCGACGCCGGUGAUCAUCGCGGGGGAUUUCAACAGCGUCCCCGGGUCCGAAGUGCACGCGCGGAUGCUCAGGGGGAUCAUACCUGGCGUCGAGGACGGCGGCGGCGAGUUGAAACCGGCGCCGACGCGUCCCGAAACCGGCGAGCCCGCGCACACGAACGUGACCCCGGGGUUCACCGACUGCAUCGACUACGUCUUCGUGAGCGACGGCGUGGACGUGACCGCCGCGGAGCCGCUGCCGGCGAUCGAGCAUCUCGGCGAGGGGCUGCCGAACGAGAACCACCCGAGCGAUCAUCUGUCCGUCACCGUCGACGUCGCGUUCUGA